AGACUCACCGUCUCAUUGUUCGCCACCAAAAUAAGCAUUUCACUGCUGCGAGAGCUCCUUCGCUAGAUCAUACACGCUUUCACUUCACAUUCAACGAAUCACCUGCGAAAAUGGGCAAAACGAAGAAGAAGGCGGCUGGGCAUCAAACCGGCAAUGCAGAAUCCCUCCCUGAUCUUCUACCUGAGGACUCGUCCCAGUACCUCACCGCUGCGUCGACUCGCCACCGCGGUUCUAAGGUUCUCACCGACGAACAAAGCAAAUCACGCCGAUCAAGUCACCAGGCAGAAAACACCUUCGCAACGACCGGGAAACUCACUACCCCACAAGGCAGUAACAGCUAUCUCAGUCACGGCAACGCGCAACACAGAAAUGGCACGGGCAGCAGUGCCGCGAGCAGCAACGUCACUCUCCUCGUCGACGAGAACAAAAACAAAAAAUGGGCCAAUGCACUCGUUCGCACCACAUGGACCUUUGUUAUGAUUGGCCUGCUUUUCGGUGUGUUACUCGCUGGCCAUGCCUGGGUCAUCAUGCUGGUCGUGGUGUUGCAGACGCUGGUGUAUAAGGAAGUCAUUUCCAUUGGAGUCGCGCCUGCCAAGGAGAAGAGAUUACCAUGGAAUCGAUUCGCACAUUGGUACUUCUUGUUCUCGACCAACUACUUUCUGUACGGCGAAACUCUGAUCGAACGGUUCAAGCCUUACGUCUUCGUUGACGCCUUCCUCAUGCCGCUGGCAUCCCACCAUCGUUUUAUCAGUUUCUGCCUAUACUGUUUGGGCGUGGUGAUGUUCGUCAUCAACCUCAAAAAGGGCCAUUACAAGUUCCAGUUCUCCCAAUUUGGAUGGACCCACAUGGUUCUGCUCAUUGUGGUCUGCCAAUCCAACUUCAUCAUCAAGAACAUCUUCGAAGGCCUCAUCUGGUUCCUCCUGCCAGCAGCGCUUGUCAUCUGGAACGACAUCGCCGCCUACGUAUUCGGAUUUUUCUUCGGCCGCACGCCUCUGAUCGCGCUGAGUCCGAAAAAGACCUGGGAGGGAUUCCUCGGCGCUCUUUUCACGACUGUGAUCUUCGGUUGGUUUUUCUCCGCUUUCCUAUCGCAGUUCCCGUACAUGUACUGUCCUAUGCGCGACUUCAAAACCAACUCAUUUUCCGGUGCAUCCUGCACGCCGAACCCGGUAUUCCUGUCUACGGAUUACCGCUUCCCGCCGAUGCUCUCGGGUCUGCUGCGCUUCCUGUUUCCCUUCGCCGGCGUUCCUUUCCGUACGGUCACGCUGUACCCUAUGCAGCUGCACUCGCUCACCCUUUCCAUCUUCGCUUCGGUCGUUGCCCCCUUCGGAGGCUUCUUUGCCUCUGGAUUUAAACGCGCGUUCAACAUCAAGGAUUUCGGAGACUCCAUACCGGGCCACGGUGGAAUCACAGACAGGAUGGAUUGCCAGUUCCUGAUGGGGAUGUUCAGCUAUAUGUACUUUGGAAGCUUUGUGGGGGUGUACAAGGGAAUCACGGUCGGGAGCAUAGUCGAAAUGGCGGUGCAAGGGUUGAACGAGAAGGAUCUCAUCGAAGUCGUGAAGAGGCUGAAGGAGUAUCUGGAGGGGCAGGGGAUCGACAUCUGACGGGAUGCACGUCGCUUGCGGCUGUCAUUGUAUGUUUAUUGAUCUCGCCCGCUUGUGGAUUCACUGAAGCCACGAUUGUCGUCGUAUAUCAGCCGUAUUCCGGAGGGCUGUCAAGGGGUUUCACCCUUCGCGUGUCUCAUAAUCUACAAUAUGAUACGCUCAUUGAGGAACUUCGGAACAUUGCUGUAGUGAUGCGUCUCUUCUGCUUUUUGAGUACCAGUGAAACUCUAUGAGGAGACAUGAGACAUUUACAUGACUGCCACACAAUGGCAUGGCGGAAUGCAAGAUGCAUGUGUACAUCGGAGUAAGUAUGACGUCGCCGACUCCUUAUGUCUAACUCAGUCAUACGAUGACAGUACCAAAAACUUGA